AUGCACACUGUCACCUUGCAAUGUCACACGGAGCUCCCCCUUUUGGCUUUAGGACAUUUUCCUCGCUCAGAUGCCUGUACAGACCAACAUCUUCGUGAUGAGAAACUUCUCAGUCGUUCUCAAUAUGCCCGUGGAAUCAUCCUUGCCGUCAUGCCAUCUUCAAUGACACGCCGCUUUAUUCUCACAGACACUUAA